AUGGACAACUGCCAUGAAGACGCGAGCUGUACCGAUACUAACGGCAGUUUCACCUGUACAUGCAACGAUGGAUUUACUGGGAAUGGACUUUACUGUGAAAGGAACGCUCCCAACCUUGUAUCCUGCCCCGCCGACACACGGAUAACAGUUAACUCCCCAGACGGAGGUCUCCUGGACUGGACCGAUCCAGAGUUCCGUUUCCAACCGUCCAACGAGCUGGCCAAUCACGAGUGUUCUGCUAACAAGGGGGACGCCGCUCCCAUUGGAACCCGCAACGUCCUGUGCUGGGCUGAAGGCUUUGCUGAUAGGACUACAUGUGACUUCGAUAUUGUUAUCGAAGCCCCUGAAUGCGUUGUUCCGGCACCUCCUCUGAACGGGGCAGUGGCGUGUGUUGUGGCCAAAGCCGGUGCUCAGAAAUACUGCAGCAUAAGCUGUAAUGACAGGUACGACUUUGCGGUGCAGCCAGCGGACAUGUAUCUGUGCGAUUGGCACGCUGUGUGGUAUCCGGCAGAAGACUUACCGUGGCCUGACUGCUCUGUUUCCUAUCGCCCUGAGCGAGCCCGGCAAAAGAAUGAGCUAUACUACUACGGUGGUACUUGCGCCUUUAACGAAGAGGACAUCAAAAGAAACCUCCUACUGCUCUACACGUCCCUGGGUGACUGCAGCGCUGGUAUCGGAUGUGGGGUUACUGACAUUGUGGUGACCUGUCACAGUGGAAUGUCGACAGAUGAAGAAGACGUAGAUGAGUGUGCCACGGGCACGGACAACUGUCAUGAAGACGCGAGUUGUACCGAUACUGACGGCAGUUUCACCUGUACAUGCAACGAUGGAUAUACUGGGAAUGGACUUCUCUGUGAACGGAACGCUCCCAACCUUGUAUCCUGCCCCGCCGACACACGGAUAACAGUUAACUCCACAGACGGAGGUCUCCUGGACUGGACCGAUCCGGAGUUUCGUUUCCAACCGUCCAACGAGCUGGCCAAUCACGAGUGUUCUGCUAACAAGGGGGACGCCGCUCCCAUUGGAACCCGCAACGUCCUGUGCUGGGCUGAAGGCUUUGCUGAUGGGACUACCUGUGACUUCGAUAUUGUUAUCGAAGCCCCUGAAUGCGUUGUUCCGGCACCUCCUCUGAACGGGGCAGUGGCGUGUGGUGUGGCCGAAGCCGGUGCUCAGAAAUACUGCAGCAUAAGCUGUAAUGACAGGUACGACUUCGCGCAUGAGCCAGCGGACACGUAUCGGUGCGAUUGGAACGCUGUGUGGUAUCCGGCAGAAGACUUACCUUGGCCUGACUGCUCUGGUUCCUACCGCCCUGGGCGAGCCCGGCAAAAGAAUGAGCUGUGCUACUUCAGUGGUCUAUGCGCCUUUAACGAAGAAGACAUCAAAAGAGACCUCCAACGGCUCUACGCGACCCUGGGUGACUGCAGCGCUGGUAUCAGAUGCGGGAUUGCUGACCUUGAGGUGACCUGUGGAAUGUCGACAGAUGAAGGUGAAAACAUUCGGAAGAUAUAUACCAUAUGUAGGGCGUAUUCAAGGGCUGAUUAA